UUUUACUGGUUGGUUCAGUGCACUCCUGAUCUUACAAGACAAGACUGCUUCAGCUGUCUGAUAAGUACCAUCAAUAGAAUAUCACUUUUUAAAAUUGGAGCAAGAUAGUUUUGGCCAAUUUGUAAUUCAAGGUAUGAGCUUUACGCGUUCUACAACGAAACCGCCAUUGGAACACCACCACCACCACCACCACCGCCGAUGCGGUUUCCAGGGUCUACGCCUCCGUUGACAUCUCCUUCACUACCUGGGAAAAGUAGGAAUUCAACAGUGUUAGUGGUAGCCAUUGUUGUGCCUAUUAUAGUGGUUGUUCGGCUUUUCAUAGCUGGUUAUUGUUUCUUUGCAAAGAGGGCAAAGAAGACUUAUGGCACAGCACCUGCUCUUGAUGAUGAUAAAACAACCUCAGAGUCUCUGCAACUUGAUUAUGGAGCAAUUCAAGCUGCAACAAAUGAUUAUUCAGAGGAUAAUAAAAUUGGUCGAGGUGGAUUUGGUGAUGUUUACAAGGGUACAUUUUCAAAUGGAACCGAAGUUGCAGUGAAGAGACUUUCGAAAACAUCAGAACAAGGUGACGCGGAAUUCAAGACAGAGGUUGCAGUUGUUGCAAAUCUUCGGCACAAAAAUCUGGUUAGGCUUCUCGGAUUUUCUAUAGAAGGAGAAGAAAGGAUAUUGGUCUAUGAGUAUGUGGCAAAUAAAAGCCUUGAUAACUUCCUAUUUGAUCCUGCAAAGAAAAGUCAGCUGUACUGGACACAGCGAUACCAGAUCAUUGGUGGGAUUGCUAGAGGGAUCCUAUAUCUUCAUCAAGAUUCACGACUAACGAUCAUACACCGUGACCUCAAAGUGAGUAACAUUCUCCUGGAUGCAGAUAUGAAUCCUAAAAUUGCAGAUUUUGGAAUGGCAAGGAUCUUUGAAAUGGAUCAAACCCAGCAGAACACACUCAGAAUAGUUGGUACCUACGGUUACAUGUCUCCUGAAUAUGCAAUGCGUGGCCAGUUCUCAAUGAAAUCUGAUGUCUAUAGUUUCGGAGUGUUAGUUCUUGAGAUUAUAAGCGGUAGGAAGAAUAACAGCUUCAACGAGACAGAUGACGCACAAGACUUGGUGACACAUGCUUGGAGGCUUUGGAGAAACGGAACAGCAUUAGACCUAGUGGAUCCAAUCAUUGUAGAUAACUGCCAGAAUAGUGAAGUGGUUCGAUGCAUCCAUAUCGGUGUUUUAUGUGUUCAAGAAGAUCCUGUAAAGCAUCCAGCCAUGUCAACGAUUUCCGUGAUGCUCACCAAUAAUACUGUGACUUUACCAGCGCCUCAGCAACCGGGUUUUUUCGUGAAGAGUAGACCCGGAAACACCCCGCUUGAUUCAGAUAAAUCAACAACGAGCAAGUCUUUUCCAGUAUCUUUUGACGAGACAUCUAUAAGUGAUUUAUAUCCUCGACUCCUCGUUGAAUAUGGUUCGAUCCACCCUGCAAACAAAAAACACAUUUGUGUGGGAAGUCUGGGCUUGGCCAAAGGCCUAGGCAGUUUACCUGGUAGUCAGUAACAGGCGAUCUCGCUACCCCUUGGCAUUAGUCGGAAAGCAUUCCAAAUUAACUCCGUACAGACAGUGUGGUGGCCCUUCGGGGAGAAGUCCACUCUAAAGCACUUCGGUGCGUUUCUACCGGAGCUGACCGGAUCAACCGAUAGGGUAUCAAAAAAAAAAGAACAUAUUUCUAAAUGUGGCCAAUCCUAUUUAAUGUUUUGUAUUGAUUUAAUAGUGAGUUUUUCUUUAUAAUCGGAUCUCAUGACGUUUACGUUAAUUAUUGGUUCGAUUAUGCAUUCUUAAAUUUUCAGACGCUCCGAUCCUAAAGAACUUGGAAAAAUAGUAAAUUCCGAUUUCAGUUACGUUGUAUA